CUGGAGCCCCGGGCCGGCAGGCGGGGAGGGGAGGGCCGGGCGGCUCCGCGCGCGGGCGGCGGCGGCGCUGUAGCCGCGCCCUUUUCAGCACCUUCCGCUGUCCGCCGUGGCGGCCGCCUCCCGCGCCAGGUGCUGCCUAUUCUGAUGCCGAGUUUCCAAUUGCCUUGAUUAAAAUAGAAACAAUCUAUGGCUUGGAUGACUUACAUUUCAAAUUGGUUUGAGCAAGAUGAUUGGUAUGAAGGACUACAAAGACCAAACAUGUCCCAGGUAAGGCAAGUGGGAUUGCUGGCUGCUGGAUGUCAGCCAUGGAACAAGGACGUAUGUGCUGCUAGUGGGGACAGGUUUGCAUAUUGUGCGACCCUGGCUAUCUACAUUUACCAGUUGGAUCCCCAUUAUAAUGAAUUCAAACUUCAUGCAAUUAUGUCUGAACAUAAAAAAACAAUCACAGCAAUCUCUUGGUGUCCACAUAACCCUGAUUUGUUUGCAAGUGGCAGCACCGAUAACUUGGUGAUCAUCUGGAAUGUUGCCGAACAAAAAGUCAUUGCUAAACUCGACAGUCAAAAAGGGAUACCUGCCUCUCUCAGCUGGUGCUGGAAUGCAAGUGAUACGGUGGCAUUUGUUUCCCACAGAGGACCCCUGUUCAUCUGGACCAUCUCAGGGCCAGACAGUGGAGUAACCAUACACAGAGAAGCUCACAGCUUCUUGUCUGACAUCUGUAUCUUCAGAUGGCACACCCAAAAAAGGGGGAAAGUAGUGUUUGGUCAUCUUGAUGGAAGUCUAUCAAUUUUUCAGCCAGGUAAUAAAAACCAGAAACAUGUUUUGAGACCUGAAUCUCUUGAAGGGACAGAAGAAGAAGAUCCAGUUACAGCCCUGGAGUGGGACCCACUGUCUACCGAUUAUCUUCUUGUGGCUAAUUUGCAUUAUGGAAUCCGCCUGGUAGAUUCUGAAUCACUUUAUUGUAUAACAACAUUUAAUCUUCCCAGCGCAGCAGCUUCAGUGCAGUGCUUAGCCUGGGUCCCCAGUGCUCCUGGGAUGUUUAUAACUGGAGAUUCUCAAGUGGGUGUUCUGCGCAUUUGGAAUGUUUCAAAAACAACACCUAUUGAUAAUCUUAAAUUAAAGAAAACAGGAUUUCACUGCUUGCAUGUACUCAAUUCUCCUCCAAAGAAAAAAUUUUCAAUCCAAUCUCCAACCAAAAAUCAUUAUACAUCCUCAACCAGUGAAGCAGUUCCACCCCCCACUUUAACACAGAAUCAAGCCUUUUCUCUGCCCCCCGGGCAUGCAGUGUGCUGUUUCUUGGAUGGUGGAGUUGGGCUUUAUGAUAUGGGAGCUAAGAAGUGGGAUUUUCUCAGGGACUUGGGACAUGUGGAAACUAUCUUUGACUGCAAAUUCAAACCUGACGAUCCCAAUCUUUUAGCAACAGCUUCAUUUGAUGGCACUAUAAAAGUCUGGGAUAUAAACACGCUAACAGCAGUGUACACUUCUCCGGGUAAUGAAGGGGUAAUUUAUUCCCUUUCAUGGGCUCCAGGUGGUUUAAAUCGUAUUGCUGGGGCAACUUCUCAAAAUGGUGCUUUUAUUUGGGAUGUUGAAAAGGGCAGAAUGGUUCAACGAUUUAAUGAGCAUGGAAAAAAUGGAAUAUUCUGCAUUGCCUGGAGUCAUAAAGAUUCCAAAAGAAUAGCAACCUGCAGUGGUGAUGGCUUCUGUAUCAUUCGAACAAUUGAUGGUAAAGUCCUACACAAGUACCGACACCCAGCGGCAGUGUUUGGUUGUGACUGGAGCCAAAAUAACAAAGACAUGAUAGCCACUGGCUGUGAAGACAAAAACGUACGUGUCUAUUACAUAGCCACCAGCUCUGAUCAACCACUGAAAGUAUUUAGUGGGCACACAGCAAAAGUGUUUCAUGUUAAAUGGUCUCCUCUGAGGGAGGGAAUUCUUUGCAGUGGUUCUGAUGAUGGUUCUGUUCGAAUCUGGGACUAUACUCAAGAUGCUUGCAUAAAUGUUCUUAGUGGACAUACUGCACCUGUGAGGGGAUUAAUGUGGAAUACUGAGAUUCCAUAUCUACUAAUAUCUGGCAGCUGGGACUACACCAUAAAAGUAUGGGACACUCGAGAUGGAACAUGUUUGGACACUGUGUCUGAUCAUGGUGCAGAUGUAUAUGGUUUAACAUGCCAUCCAAGUCGGCCCUUCACUAUGGCCUCUUGCUCUCGGGAUUCUACAGUGAGACUCUGGUCAUUAACACCUUUAAUCACUCCUUUACAAAUAAAUAUUCUGGCAGACAGAUCUUGGGAAGAAAUUAUCGGGAACACUGACUAUGCUAUGGAACAAAGCACUCCUCCUCUGCUGUGCGGUAAAGUGUCAAGGGACAUUAGGCAAGAAGUGGAAAAACCAACUGGUAAUCCUCGAGCAAAAAAGCUCAGGUGGUUUUCAGAAUGUUUAUCACCUCCAGGUGGCAGUGACAAUUUAUGGAACUUGGUUGCUGUGAUAAAAGGGCAGGAUGAUAGCUUACUCCCUCAGAACUACUGCAAAGGAAUAAUGCAUUCGAGACAUCUGAUUAAAUUUAGAACAUCUGAAGCCCAAGAACUAACGACUGUCAAGAUGUCUAAAUUUGGUGGUGGCAUUGGUGUACCAACUAAGGAGGAGAGACUGAAGGACGCUGCAGAGAUACAUCUGAGACUGGGACAGAUUCAGAGAUACUGUGAACUCAUGGUUGAACUCGGAGAGUGGGACAAAGCGCUGUCAAUUGCACCAGGGGUCUCUGUGAAAUACUGGAAGAAGUUAAUGCAGAGGAGAGCUGACCAGUUAAUUGAGGAAGAUAAGGAUGAUGUCAUUCCAUACUGCAUAGCCAUUGGGGAUGUGAAGAAACUAGUCAGCUUCUUUACAUCCCGAGGUCAGCUCAAGGAAGCUCUGCUUGUUGCACAGGCUGCUUAUGAGGGAAAUAUGCAAACCAUACAUGUUUCUACACCAAAAGGAGCUUCAUGUUCUGGUGAUGCCUACAAGGAAGACUUUAAUGAACUCCUGUACAAAGUCAGCGAAGAGCUGGCAGAAUGGUAUUUUCAGGAUGGUCGGGCAGUGCUAGCUGCAUGUUGCCAUCUGGCUAUGGAUAAUAUUGAGCUUGCUAUGGCAUACCUGGUUCGUGGAAAUGAACUGGAGUUGGCUGUCUGUGUGGGCACGGUACUGGGCGAGUCUGCAGCGCUAACAACCCACUAUGCCCUUGAAUUACUGGCAAGAAAAUGCAUGAUGAUUCCAAUAUGCUUUCCCUCUGUUGGAUACAGGAAUUUGGCAGCUGAUCUUCUGAUGAUGAUUCCUGAUAACGAACUACAUUUAGUAAAACUCUGCGCUUUCUACCCAGGGUGUAUUGAAGAAAUAAAUGAUCUUCAUGAGAAGUGCAAUCUACCCACAGUAAAAGAAUGUAUGCAGUUAGCUGAGACAGCCUGUGCAGAUGGGAAUAUCUUUGAAACUGUGAAAUAUUACCUGUUAAGUCAAGAACCUGAAAGGGCCCUUCCCAUUGGUAUUGACUUUGUCAAAGAUUACAUCAGUAGUUCCAAUUGGACAUUGGAUACCAUUUACCCAAUUCUUGACUUAUUGAGUUAUAUUCGUACUGAAAAGUUACUCUUGCAUACAUGUACUGUAGCUCGAAAUGAGUUGCUAAUAUUAUGUGGUUAUAUUGGUGCAUUGUUGGCUAUCAGAAAACAGUACCAAAGCAUUAUUCCAGCACUUUAUGAGUACACAAGUCAGCUGUUGAAACGUCGGAAGGUGUCAGUACCUUUAAAAAUUGAACAGCUCACUGAAGAACUGGAUGCAUGGAGAUCUUGUACACAGUCUACCAACCAAUCAUUGGAAGACUCUCCUUAUACACCUUCUGAUUCACAAAGAAUGGUUUAUGCAACUUUACUAAAGAGAGUAAAAGAAGAAUCACUCCAAGGAAUUAUUGGACCAGAUUAUGUGACUGGAUCAAACCUUCCAAGUCAUUCUGAUACUCACAUUUCUUGUCUAACAGGAUUAAAAAUCCAGGGCCCUGUAUUUUUCCUUGAAGAUGGGAAAUCUGCUAUCUCAUUGAAUGAUGCUUUGAUGUGGGCAAAGGUGAAUCCAUUCUCACCUUUAGGUACUGGAAUACGACUCAAUCCAUUUUGAUAGAAGAUUUCUCUCCUUGCUUAAUUUUUUUUUUUUUUAAAGAAGAACUCCUGUGAGUUAGUAUUACCUUAAUCUUGGUUGUCCAAGAGCCCAAGGUGGGGAGGAGGACUAGGGAUUGGGAAGGGUAGAGAACAACAGUUAACUUUAUUUAUUAACUUCAAAAAAUAAAACAUCUAUAUAUUUUAAAGAAAAAAUAGCUGACUUCUGUAUAAAAUGUAAUAGCCACAUUUGAGAGGAAGGAAAUAUUUAAAUAAUAAAAGACUGAAUAAAAAGCUAUCAGAUCUAAAAAUUAAGUUGGCAGACUUGCCACUAUGUGUUUACAUUGGCAUCUCUGUACAAACAACUUGGUAGGGUUCACAGCUUUUGUCUGUUAGUGUCUGACAGCUGCGUUCACAUGGAUGUGUGGCGGUGUCUUGUUGAGUGGCAUUCAUUAUUGUUGUUGCAUGUUUUUGUGUGUUAUCCUGAGAAUGUCAGAGAUUAAAUUAGAGCAACAAACAAACAUUCGUAAAUUUCUUUUUAAACUUGGCAAGAAUGGAAGUGAGAUCACAGACGUGUUUAUGGGGAUGCCACAAAGAAAACAGUAGGGUAUAAAUGGAUUAAAUGUUUUUUCUGAGGGAAGAGAAAGAGUCACUGAUAAGAGAGGGUAGCCACUAAUGAGCAGAAUCAAUAAAAACAUUGCAGAAAUUCAUGGAAUAUGUGUAAUGAAUGUUGGCUAAGAGAAGCAUAGCAGAGAAAAAGUUGGGAAAAUCUUAACUGAAAUUCUUAGCCAACAACUCAUGGCUCUUGCAUCAUGACAGUGCACCAGCUCACACAGCACACUAUAUUGGAACAUCCUCACUCACCUGAUCUGCCCCCAGUGACAUUUUUCUUUACCCAAAGAUAAAGGAAAUAUUGAAAGAAAGACAUUUUGAUGACAUUCAGGACAUCAAGGGUAAUAUGACAACAGCUCUGAUGGCCAUUCCAGAAAGAGAGCUCCAGAAUUGCUUUAAAGGGUAGACUGGGCACUGGCAUCAGUGCACAGCUUCCUACAUUGAAGGAGACUGUAGUGUAUUCGGCAGCAAGGUGUGUAUAGCACUUUUUCUAGGAUGAGUUCAUGUACUUAAUUGUCAGACUUCAUAUAAAAGUUUCACAAAGCGUGAAAGGUACCAAAAUAUUAUCUUGUUGAAACACUUAAACCUAUAAAAUAGUGCAACACCUAGAAUCAUGCUUGAUAUACAAGUAGUACUUAAUAUUUGAAUGAUUGAAUAUCUUGAAAUAUUAAAAUGUAAGGUGUGCAUAACCGAUCAAGUUAACAAACACCUAUUUUGUCCUUUAUUAAAUGUAUCAUAAACCACUUGUUUCAUUCAUAUUGUAUAAAAGUUUUCAGUUAUAAGUUUAGUACAUAUCAAUACAUAGAUGGAUAUGCUGUCAAAAUCCUUUUUUAAAAAAAAGAAACAUUAUAGAGAUUUUUAUAUAAAGUUCAGCUGUUCAAGAUGUAAGUUAUAUAGGCCUGAAAAAUCACUUCUCAGCCUUUGGGCCAAUAGCAAGUGUAUAGGUGUGAAAAAAAUUGUGGGUGAAAAAUACAAAGGGUGAUCAGAUAUAUAUGAGCACCUGUGUUAGGUGAUAAUUGUGUUUAAAGAUAAUUUGGUAUGCAUAGAUAACUAGUUUUUGAUUGAUGCAUUUAAUAUUUGCAUAAUAAGCUCAUAUCAAUUUAUAUUAACUUUACAGCAAAGUUUAUUUGAUGACAAUUAGCUUCAAAUAAAUUUCUGUAAGGAGAUAGAACCCUAGUUGAGAUUUUGGAUAUAUUAUAUAAUUUUAAUUUUGAAAUACUUAUUAAAGUGUAAAGCUGUAAAAAUCCUGAUAUCUAAUUACAAAUACUGUAUUUCAACUUGAUGAGAAUCCUGACUUUCAAAUCUAUGAAAUUAAUGCAUACUAAGAAGAAUAGUAUUUUGAUACUCAAGUUGUUUUGCAGGAUUAUAAUGUAGAUAUUUUUGUCUGACUAAAGAGUAAGCUCAUACAACUAGGAUGAUUGGGGCUUUUAUUAUCUUUAAAAUAGUUGCAUUUUUUAAAAAAUACAAAAAAGAAAAUUGUUACAUUCAAAAUAUUUUUAAAACUUUCAUAAACAAUCUUUUUCUUUAAACUAGAAAAAAAUAUAUUAUGUAUCUAUGUAUCAUAUUUAUCCCAUAGAGAAUUUCUAACUUCUCAGAAAAGACAUUACAGGCUUAAAUUUCACUUUAUGAAAAAAUUAAUAAAUAUUAUAGGAAAAAAUAUAUGUGACUCAGAGACACAAUGGGUAAUAAAAAGAGUACCUGAGAAGUAUUUUUGUAACUUUUAGUGCUAUCUGUAACUCAGAUUUUCCUUCGGAGGAGAAUUAUUAAUUGGCACAUAUAUACUGAAAUCCCCUCACUUAGAGACUGCAGUCUCAAUGUCAGUCAUUCUUUUAAUUUUUUUUAAACAUAUUAAUAAGACUGUGCUUUAAAUACUUUAAAGGAUAUCAUUAAGUUAUACAUAUAUAAACAAUUACUACCUUCUGUAUUUUUAAUGAAUGCAGGAAAAUAAUAUUGUAUAUAAAUAGGAAGAAAACAUUACACAACUCUUUAAUACAUGAAUAUAGUAAAGAAUAACCCAAUUUCUGUCUAAAAUUUAAAUUGGAUAAAUUCAACUAUCUUUCUCUUAUCACUUGGCUUCUACAGUGUUCUGUACCUUAAUUAUAUAACUAUUAAUUCUUCAUAGAAUUAUAAAUAUGCCAUUUGACUGCGUCAAUCUGUAUAUAUUAUGCCUUAAUAUGAAAAACAAAAAGAAUUCAUUUAUAAAAAUAUUUUUACUGUUAGAUUUCAUAUGCAAAAAUGCAAAUAAAUAAUAUGGAUUUAUUUUAUUAUUUCAAGAAGUUCAUCCUACCAAUAAUGUGGACAGAUUAUUUUGCAGGUUUAAAUAUGCCUUUAUGAAAUAAGAGUCUCCUUAGAUAAUGAUUUUCAAAGCAUUGGAAAAAUGUUUUGGCUUGAAGUUACUAGUUACAGGGUGGUUAAUAAAAUGACAUCAAAAUAAGUUAUAUCUUGUGAAAAUAUAUGAUUUUUAUGUCAAUCAAGAUAAAUGAAAUAUCUGUAUUUCCAUGAAAUUGUCCAAAUGUGUUCAGCAACAGGGUUGCAUGAGAGCAAUGGCUGUAUUUUAUUGUCCUUAUAACAAGAAAAUUUACAUUUUGGGGGUUGCAAAUCAGAAAGUAUUCUGAAUCUAGCAAAAGCUUCACAAAUUGUAAAAUUUAGCAUCUCAUAUUUAGUGUAUCAAUAAUAUAGAGACAUCUUUAUAAUCUACUCUUAAU